AUGGCAAGUCUGCAAACAGCGCACCGGUCGACCCCCGGUACUCCCCGAAAGCGCCGACAAGGACAAAGGACCGUGACCAGGACCAUCUACAUCGCCACCAAUGGCGCAUCUCCUAGAAAGCCACCUCCACGAACAAAGGCAUCCAGUGCCACCCGCCUACCUGGACCACCUCUUGUUUCUGGGGAAGAAAUACACACGGCAUUUACCCAUGGAACCAGGUCAUCGGCUAAAUACAUAUAUGACGUUGUAACUUCCACACUCUCCCUUCUCAAGUGGCCCUUGGUUUUACUCCUCACUAUGUGGACAAUCACGAUCAUCAUCAGUGCUCUCUCCGCUACCGUCCGUUCCGCUUUCUCACCACUAUGUGUUAUUCCUGGCGUUUCUCGCUUUGACAUAUGCGCAACCAGAAAACUACAGACAGGCAAUAUCAAGGAACCCCAGCAUGCAGAAUAUCCAAUGAUGGUGGAAGUUCAGAGCAAGACAUUCGAGCAACUAUUGGACGAGAGUGUCGGGAGCACAAGCGUCGCACUGGAUAUCAAGAAAGCGGAGAUGGCCACAGCUGAUCUCGUUAUACUUGUAAGGAUGAGCGAUUUGAGAGGCAAAGACCAUCUCGCGACUGCACUAGGUUCUUUUGUCGACGAUGCACGAGAAACGGCGCGUGGCCUUCAGAAGCUAAAUGCAAAAAUAAGCGGAUCAGUAGAUAAUAUAUUAGCCAUCAGUGAUUUUGCAUUGCAAACGAUCGAAGGAAGGAGUACCGAAAAAUCCUCACUAAUGAAAUAUAUCUGGCCAUUUAAUUCCAACACGUCCAAUAAGGAGCUUCUCGCUUCCACCUUUUCGCAAUCGCUUUCCGUUCUUUCAUCCUCGUUAGAACGGCUGAUUUUAUCCGCGGAAGCUUCUUUAGACUCGUUGAAUAAGCUCGAGGAGCAGCUAAAUACGAUACACGGUAUUGUGUCUCGUGAGGAUAACACUCUAUCAGUUGAAAACGCCGAGUUGCUUGCUGCUUUAUGGACACGUCUGGGAGGCAACCGCGCUAAAGUUGUACGAUUCGCGAGCAAUCUUCAAUUACUAAAGGAACUUGGCGGAUAUCGAGCGCAAGCCCUUGCCAGAGUUGUUGCAGCACUGCAGGCAUUACAAGAGCUGUCCGCAAACAUGGAAGAACUCCGAGAGCGAGCAUCGACGCCGGAACUUGCAGGCGAUGAAAUACCUGUCGAAGUACAUGCGCGUGCCAUAAGGAGUGGUGUUGAUAGACUUAAUGAGGGAAGAUUACGUGCCAAGCGACUUGAGGAAGAAGCAGUUAAUAGAGUGCUAGGACUGGAUGCAGAUUAG